AUGGCUCAGCCGCAGCAGCAUAAAGGCGGGUACAAACAAAUCAACAAAGCUCUCAACAUAUGUGCGUUUGAGGAUUACCUUUCCGCCCAGCUAAAGCACUUGCCGCAACUUGCGGAUGUAGAGCAGCUCAGUCCUCGAGUUAUCCGUGUCCUGGGGCAGAACGCUGGGAAGGGGACAAACACAUAUAUUGUCGGCACCGGACCGCAAAGACUCAUCAUCGAUACCGGCCAGGGAAUUCCGGAAUGGGCAGACAUCCUCGAUGCUACCCUCAAAGAACGCUCGAUCUCCUUGUCGCACGUGUUCCUCUCGCACUGGCAUGGUGAUCAUACCGGAGGAGUUCCGGAUCUCCUUCGUCUUUACCCUAAUCUUGCCGGCGCCAUAUACAAGAACUCCCCUGGCAGCGACCAACAGCCAAUUGACGACGGCCAAGUCUUUCGUGUCGAGGGCGCUACUAUUCGAGCAGUGCAUGGCCCAGGGCACUCGCAUGACCAUAUGUGCUUCAUCCUCGAGGAGGAAAAUGCCAUGUUCACCGGAGACAACGUUCUUGGCCACGGCACCAGUGCAGUUGAAGAGCUAGGUGUUUAUAUGGAGACUCUUCGAAAGCUGAAUUCACACCAUUGUGCGGUUGGCUACCCCGCCCAUGGCGACGUGAUCACCAACCUUCCCGCGAAGAUUGCUGGUGAACUAGCGCAGAAAAUGAGACGAGAGAAGCAGGUCCUUUUGACACUGGACAGGAUCAACAAGGAGUCCAGACGCACGGGACAAGUGGUGCUGGUGCAUGGAGAUGGAAUCGACGAGGAGGUUCGCAAGAUGGCAUUGGAGCCGUUUAUCGACGAAGUGUUACGCAAACUGGCAGAGGAUGGCAAGGUAGCAUUCGAAAUGCGAGGAGGUGUAAAACGAUGGUUUGGAGUAGGAGUGCUUUAG